GAAGAAGACAUUUGACUUUCGGUUUAGCUUCCCCAGCCUCACGGACUUUCGGCUGAACAACCCUACACAGUCCUCAGGGUGAUUAAGAAGCCCAGCGGCCCUCCAGGACGCAGGACCCCCUCUGGGCCGCCAUGUCCGGGCUGCGCUUCUUCUUCCUAGCUGCCUCCUUAGGAUUCCUCUCCCUCCUCAAAGUGGCAACCUCUAGCCACUGCCAAGUAUUCCCCAAUGACGACUGCCAGAAAUCCACAAGCUUCGUGCCGGGGCACAACCUGAUCGGCGAGGGACUCGAUAUUACCACGCUGAGAAGGAAAGGGGCCUCCGUGGUGGACACCAGCCAGUGGCGGGGACCCAACGGGACCUGCAACCUGUGCCGGAAUCCGCUGAUGGACCGGGAGAUGCAGAGGCUCCCCUUGGCAGCUGUCGGCUGGCGGGUGCAUAGCAAGUGUGACCAGCGAGUGGCCACUUCUGUGGAGCACUCAGUGUUGGGUGUGGCAAACGCCAUGACCACGGAAGUGACGGACGACUGGAAGGCGGACUUGGAGUUGCCAGCAAUCCAGGCGGCAUUCGGUGGGUCUCGGUCCCCGAUAACCCUUCGCGCUCAGGAGUACUCCCGGAGGGACAGUUACAGCUUUAUAAAGCAUGAGACGUUCUGCACAUAUUAUCGGCUAGGACUCCCACCCAGACGCCCGCUGCUGGCCUCUCACUUCUCCCAUGAUGUCAGCAACCUGCCCAAGGAGUACCACCAGAAGGAAUACCAGGGCUUUAUCAACAUCUACGGCACCCACUAUGUCAGCCAAGUGGAGCUGGGUGCGCAAAGGCGUCACCUGUAUUUCGUGCAGAACUGUGCGGCAGCCUUGGGUGGCCUGACUGUUUUUGACCUUGAGAACUGUUUGACUUCGGAGGCCCUCUACAGUUCCAAGUGCCACCAGCUCUGGAAAGGUGCCACGAAGGGAGAUUCGGGAGACCCUUUUGUUAAGUGGCACAUGGAAGUGAUGGGAGGAGAUGAACCCGAGAAGGUGUUCUUGCCGGAGGCCCAGAACUUUUCAGAAUGGAUGAGGAGUGCAAAAAGGCACCCCGAGGUGGUAUCUUAUUCUCUGACAUCGCUACACACUUUGCUAAAAAGAAGCGACCCAAGGAGGAAAGCACUGAAGCAAGCCAUCAGCGACUAUAUAACCGAAAGGGCCCUGAGAAGGAGCUGUGACGGACAGUGCCCGUACAAUGGCUUUCGGAGUCGGGAAGACCACUGCGCAUGUAUGUGCCACGCCAACGACCUGCACGACAACAUGUGCUGUGCCCGGGAGCGGGGUAAGGCCCGCCUCAGAUUCUACAUACGAAGAGCCGCCAACCUUUAUGGGGACGACUUCAGUGGCACCGACGGCUACGUCAGAGUGCUCUUCCAAGGCCGGGCAAUGCGGACGGAGAUCAUUGAUGGUGAUAACAGCCCCCAGUGGCAUGAAACCCUGGACUUUGGGACCGUUACACUUGCAGACCGCAACACCUAUAAGCUGGAGGUGUGGGACAGUGACCCCCAUGAGGAUGACCUGUUGAAGAGGUUUCAGGAUGAAAUGAAGGCAGGGGGUACUGAUGAACGCAUAGGAUACCUAGAUUAUGGACACAUUGAGUUCAGUUAUACGCUGGAGUGCGCUCCAUCUCUGGGUGGCCCCUCAUGUCAGACCUAUAUCCCCCUGAAGCGGCCGGCUUCUAGUUCCCGAAAUACUAGUCCAGGUUUAACUACCCGGUUGCGUCAGGCACGGGAUUUGGACAGAAACAGACAGCUGAAAAACAGGCCCGGAAGAGGUCCAGCAGAGUCAGGGGAAAGCCAGGAGGUAUCUGAAGGAUCGGGGAGCUAAAAGUCACACCCCCAGGUGAGGAUAGGAAGGGCUCUCUGAAAUGUGGUGUUUUUUCAGACCCCGCCAACCGUCUGCACCACCCAGAAAAUUCCCCUUUGUGGCACGAAAUGUAAAAGUGACAGUCCCAAAGUCCAGGGUUUCAUGCCAGCUCUCUUUGAGAGUUAACUGAAACAGUUAAAGAAAAAUUAGAUGAAUUGCUUUUCAGUAGAGGUUAAGAGUUGAGAUUGGCCUUCUUACCUUGCUUGAUCAGAUGUAAUUCAUAAUGCACCUGCUGACUGGCUCAUUUGCACUUGCUUUGUUGAUCUCAUGCUAAGUUCAGAACCAAUCACAUAUCUAGAUAGUAACCAUAGGAUUACGAUAGAAGUCUAGGGGAGGUCAAGACUGAUAUUUUUCUAUAAAAACACAGUAUCGUGAUAAGCAGAUAUGAUUUCUCUGUAUGGAAGUCUCAGAAGAAGAUUAGGUGAGAUUUCUGUCUGUGCAUCAUUAAGACAUAUAUGAUAAUCCCUAAAGGCGGUGAGACAAGAAAACCUGAAACCUGGUUUGCUUUUAAAGAUAUUACUCACUAUAAUACGAUUAAGCAGUAUUAGAAACUGUGAUAA